ACCGAUUGGAAGAUGAUGAAUUGUGAGUAAAUUCCAUUCAUUCUCGUUUUGGGGUGCAAGGUCUGCGAGAGGCACGUAGGCACUUCGUCCCAGUAACCCUUUUUCGUGCUCGUUACUGCAUCGGCUCCCUUCUUUUGCAUUUCCGCUUUUUCUUCACCGCCGUUUGGCAGUGACUGAUUUUUUUCGUUCGUGGUGUUCCAAAUUUGCUCACCCCUUGUUCUUCCAUUUCGCAGGCAAGCGAUGAUAGAUGAAUUUGACCUCGACCAGGAUGGAGAGAUUAACGAACAAGAGUUUUUCGCCAUCAUGACAGAUGAUGCAUAGCUCUCUUCCCUGAUGGUUGUCAUCUCUUCCUAUUUUCUCGAGUUGUAUACUGUUAUACCGGCUCUGGCUGGUUAUUAUCUAUUAACUCCCAAUUGUUUAGUAAUAUAUUGCGAUCGUUCUCUGUCUGGAACAUUCACGAAUUUCGUCCUCUGUGCUAUGUUCAUUAGAAUCCCUCGUGUAAUUCUACAGCUACCGGUUGAUAUGUAAUACGCCGCUGAGUUAUGUCUACUCUAUGAAUCCUUGUGACGCGGCCCUGGUCCCCACUGCGAACCACGAU